AUGUCCAACGCUCUAGAACAAUCCUUGGACGAUAUAAUCGGAGAGCAGCAAAAAGCUCGUAAGUCCGAGCGUGGACCCAGGAGGUCUGGGCCUCUGGAUAGAAGAGGAAGAGGCCGUGGUCCCAGAAGACCACCCGUCAGAUUCAACAACGCCAAUACAAUCCCCGAUCAGAUCCUUAAAAGCGCAGAUGGCAGACCGAUGUUGAGGUUGAAGAAUGUCCACCCUGACUUGAACGGCGAAGACCUCUCCAACUUGUUCUUCAGCAUUGCCCCAGUUGAUUUCAUAAAAUUCGACCCCAGAGACGAGGCUGUGGCCUACGUCUGCUUCCAGCUGAACUACGGCGACAACAAUGCCAGAGCCGUUCAGAAGUUUGACGGCAGAAAAGCCAUGGGCCAGACCUUGGUUGUCGAAAAUGCCGUUUCUUUGGCUGACAGGAUAGCACCACAGGCACACCCCAGAAGAAACGCCGGCAGGGAGCGUGAGGAGGCGCCAAGAGCAAGAGAAGCACACAGAUCUAGAGCCAGGGAGAAGAAGCCCAGGCAGCCUAGAAAGCCCAGGCCAGCUGCUAAGACAGCCGAGGACUUGGAUGCUGAAUUGUCUGCUUACAUGAGUACCGAGGCAAACGGCGGAAACGACAACGGCGCCUUCGCCGCCCAGGACAACGGCGAGUCCAUGUUGUAG